AAAAAGGGGGCGAAAGGGGGUGGGGAAGAGGCUAGGGUACGCAUCAAUUUGUACAGUCUUCACUUGGCACCCCUGUUUUCUCCGUGCAACGAGUAGAAAGAUAUCUCUUCUGCAUUAUUUUUAUUAUCGGAGCCAGUUGCAAUAUGAGCCAGCACAAGCUUCUGCUGACAGACGCCUGGGCUCUGAGGUGUGCGUGUCAGCGUGCAACAUAAAACGACAAACAGAGGGAGAGAAAGGAAGGGGAGAGUGAGAGUGGGAGCACGCAUCGCUGGAUAUUUUAGGUUUUGGUAGCUCUCAUGGUGUAACACAAAGCCCAGUCAGUAAGCAACAGGAACCAGUUCAGUGCCUGCAAUGGCUUGUGUUGUAAAAUGGAUGUUAUAAAGAAGAAAUAAUGAAAACACGGACACACAAAGAAUCGAUGCCCAUGCGCAGUGGGCGACGGCGGGGGGCGAGCGAGGAGAGAAGGGGUAGGCGCCCUCACCCCAGCCCCACUCGCCCUGAACGCAAUGAUAGACAGGUGCAAAGAGGUGCUGGUGAGGAAUUGGCUGGAAAUCGCUUCAGUCGCAGAUCACAAGGGCAUGAUUCAUCAGAGAGUGAGGGGGAGGAACUUGUGUCUCCUCCAAAGAGGCAGAAAGUUCAGGACUCAGCUCCAAUCCCAAACCCUCCAACUUCAACACAUGUGACUGACACCUCAGCUCCUUCCACUGUCCCACCUCCAACCUCAGUUGCUAGCCAGUCCCGUGAGAGUGACAAUGAAGACGGCCAAUCCCAGGGCAGCCGGAGUUCAGUCGUGGGGAGCCUGGCCAAUAGCAGCAGUAGUCUGAGCAGUGGGCGUGAUAUAGACCAGGACAAUCGUUCCUCGUCCCCAAGUCUCUCCGCUUCCCCACUGGGUAGCUUGGACUCUGAUUCUGAUGGCCCCGACUCACCAAAGCAAGGAGACAGGGAACGUGAAAAAGGCAAAGACGGAGGAGCAGUGAAGGUGGCAGGAGAGGAUAGGAGAGCGCUACGAGAGGGAAGGGGGGAAGAGUCCUGUGGAGAUGGAGAAAAGCGGGAUGCGGAUGCAAGACCUGAAGACUGUCCUUCUCUUAAGCCCACCUCCACUCCAUGCUCUUCUUCUGGUCUGACUUCCUCUCUUCGUGGAGCAGGUGAUUCAUCAAAUGACAGCAAUAGUGGGAGGAAGUCCUAUUUCUCCCUGGAUGCCAAACUGAUGUGUAAAGCUGAAUAUGUCGGACCAACGGGCAUUGAUGGUGCACUUAGUGGCAGCAGAAUGAAUUCCAAAGCUAGCACACAGUGUGUGACCAAGACAACUAUCUCGGGUGGAGAUUUUUCCCAUAACAGCCCAAAUGUUCCCCACUCCUUGCCUCCUCCUCUUCCUCCUCCACCUGCUCUGAAGCCCUUGGAGCUCGGGGGACAAAACUUACCUGCUGAUGUCAAGACAGAAAGAGAGAAAAUAGAAAAGGCAGAUAAACUCCUGGACAAGCCUCAGUCUACUCCUCCUUCCCUGUUGCCACAGACCAGUCCCCAGGCACAGUCCCAGCCUCAGACCCAACCCUCCACCCACACUCACCACUAUAGCUGGCAGGGUGGCACAGCAACUGGUUGCCAGGGGAGCUGGGGCUACACCCGUUACCCUGGCAACCACCAUCCGCACCAACCACAGCACCAGCCUCCAGUGCAGCAGCAGCAACUUCCCUCUGUUUAUAACCCUCCGUCCUCUCGCCACUCCUCCUCCCACCCCUCUUACCUCCCCCAUCCUCACCCCCACCCCCACAGAGAGUACCUUCCUAGGUACGCUGGAGGGGGAGGGGAGAGAGAAAAGGGGGCUGCAGGAGAGAGGGAGAGGGGAGUGAGGGGGGAGUGUGGAGGGAGGGAGAUCAACAGGGAGUUCUCUGCUCCCAUUGGCAACACCAGCAACAAUACUAGUGGGGCUAAUAGUAAUAAUGCUUGUGGUGGGAUGGGUGGGCCCAAUAGCAUCCAAGGCAGGGAGUUUGGGGCUCUGUCAGUGGGUCAGACCCGGGAGUUCCAAGGUUCUGGGAGAGAUGGGCCUAACUUGGGCUCUCAAAGAAGAGACUUUGGUCCAGCUUUCAGAGACAGAGAGCGAGAAAGGGAACGUGAUGGAGGAAGGGAGUUUUCUCUGCCAAACCAAAACCAGACGAGAGACUUUGGCCCCAAUGGAACUGGAGGGGGGCUUCCCAGAGACAAAGAUGGAGGCAGAUGGGGUGAGUUUGGGAGCCAGACAAGAGAGGCUGUAGGUAACAGUAACCCAAACAACAGCUCCGUCCCCCUGGGAAACCCCCCAAGUUCAACAAGCAGCCUACCUGUCACCCCCAUGUUAAACCAAGACCCACCUGCAUCACCACAAAACAACCCCAGCCACCCCUCUCAUUCCUCCCUCCCUCCACAUCCCCCAAAUUCAUCCAACCGAGACUUCCCUCCUCCCAUAGACCAGGCACAAACCUCCUCCUCUGGAGUAGACCACUUCCACAGAGAGUAUCCUCCCACUGGGGCGCCUUCUUCCACUGGCACAAAUCGAGAGUACCUCAGCUCCCCUGGAGUGACUCCAAACUUGGGACGAGAGUAUUCGGGCCCUGGAGGAGCCCAACACCCCCACCCAUCUCAUACCCACUACCAGUCUGGACCCAGAGACAGAGAAAGAGACUCAAACCUGCGAGAGUCUGCUUUAUACCAAAGCCGUGGUGGCCCAAAUCAACCUCCUGCACUCUCUCCUUCCUCCUCUUCCAGCCAUCAUGGGCACCCUACAAAUGCUCCUUAUCCCCCUCCACAACCUCAGCCUCCUCUACCCUCUCCUCAAAUUUCGCACGUCCAACCACCCCCAUCAGGUAUGGCACCUAGUGUACGUCCCCCACACUACCAGUCCUCCUCCCAGACUCCUCCAACACCCCUAUCUCCCUUACCCAGCCCAUCCACCAAUCAGAUGGGAGGCUUCUCGUCUUUUCCACCCGGCUCCUCCUCUGCACCCAACAUGCCUGGGCCAGGUGUGCCGUCCAGCUGUUCACCUGGAUGUCGCCCCUCCCCUUUCCAUGGCACUUUGAACAACCACCCUCCAUUCAGUGGAACGUACCACUCUAAUGGGAACAGUGGCAGUAACAUGGCUAAUAGCAAUAGCAACAAUAGCGCUCCCAGCAGCAGCAAUACCAGCUCACAGUCACUUUCACCGCAAAAUGUGUCAAAAGGUCCUCCACCUCUUAGUAACUCUGCCAACAACAACAGCAUUUCAACCCCUUCCUCCAGUUCUUCACUCCCAAGUGGAGAUGGACAUUCAGAAUCAGGUCCGCCUCCCACACCUGUCAUCAAAGAGGAACCAAUAGAAGACCGGGAUGAGAGUGAAAGCCCACCACCAGUGCUGAGAAGCCCCUCUCCUGAACCCAAACCUGUAGAUAUUCCCAUCCAUGCCAGCCAGUCAGCACGGUUUCACAAGGUUCUUGACCGUGGCAGCAGGAACUCCUGUGCUCGCAGUGACGUCCUCUUUGUCCCUUUGGAUGGCUCCAAACUGUGGAAGAAGAGGAAUGAGAUGAUCGAGAGGGCCCGCAGGGAGGUCGAACAGCGGGCCAGAGACCUAAGAGGGAACUGGAUCGACAUCUACAGCAGCAGAAGGACAUCAACGCUGCUGGAGGCUGUCGCCAGGGAUCCUCACUCUUCUUCCCCUCCUCGUCCUCUAUCAUUCUCGACCCUUCAUCUUCAUCCUCUUCUUCCUCGGGCAACCCUGUCUCCCAUCCACCCCCCCACCCCCAGCAUCAUCCCUCACAUCCACAUGCUCACCUUCCUCCAGCACACCAUCUCCAUCCCAGCCUCUCUCACUCCAUCCCCCAUUCCCUCCUCCUGCCUUCCAUGUGGGGCAUCAGCAGUGGUUGGAGGCCCACAGGGGGCCCUGGGAAUUGGUUUAGGAGGUCCUUAUCUGGGCCCAGACACCCCAGCCCUGAGAACCCUGAGCGAGUAUGCUCGCCCUCAUGCUAUGUCUCCACUUGGGGCAGCGAGUCGUGCCCAAGCACAUCACCCACAGGUUCACCAUGGCCACCCCCAUGUCCACCCCUCAUUCUUCCUUCCUCAAUUCCAAAAUCCAGCUUUAGGACACCCACAUCACCUGCCUACCGAUGCAGCUACUGCAGCAGCCAUCUUGGGGUUUUUGUAUGGUGGCAGCCUUGAAGGUGGUCCAGGUGUUGCUGGCCACCCUGGGGUGGCAGGAGGCCCAGUACCUGGAGGGAUUGGGGGUGCAGGGUUGGGCGGAGUUGGCUUUCCUCAUGCAGUAGCUGCACAUCGAGAUCGAAUAAAGCCAGGAUUUGAAUUUAAGAGUGAUGAUCGGGUUUACCCUCCAGGGUCUAUACCUGAUUCUGCAGCUCUUGCUCUUGCUCAUUCACAUUCUCAUUCCCAUGCCAAUGCCCAUGUGCAUGCACAUUCCCUGCUCCUUGGAGGAGGUGCAGGAGGACCUAAUGAAGUGUCACUCUAUGCUACCCCUCCUCCCCCAGCUCCCACUGGCCCUCCGCAACUCCAGAACCCAACGCUGGCCCCAGUAACUCGACCUCCCAACCCUCCUGCCCCUCAGUCCCUGUCAAAUCCACCACCUUCGUCUCUCCUCCCACCUUCACUCUCCUCUCACUCUUCAUCUGCACCACCAGCUGCCCCCCCAGGCCCGACAGCCCCUGCCGUUCCUCCAUCAGCUCCUCCUCCACCUGCUCCGCCAACCUCCAAUGCCGCCUCAUUCCAUCACCCAGUCCCCCAUUCUUCUUUUCCCAGCUCCCUGUCCUCUCAUCUGCCACCAGCUCCUGCCCCAGCCGCUCCCCCUGAGACCUACCCCGCCCCUGCUCGUUCACCUACCUCUUAUGAACGAGACAGGAGUGGAGAAAGGGAGAGGGAGAGAGACAGAGCAGCUUUGCCUGCUUUUGGGGACAGAGAGCGAGAAAGAGAGAGGGAGAGAGAAAGGGGAGGAAGUGGUGGAGGCAGCGGAGGAGGAACAGGUGGUGGAGGUGGAGGAGAGAAUCUGGGGCGUCUUCAGAUGCUAAACGUGACGCCUCAUCAUCACCAGCAUUCACACAUCCAUUCACAUCUUCACCUGCACCAGCAAGACACAGCGGCGGGCGGGGUUCACCCCCUGAUGGACCCGUUGGCGUCGGGGUCUCCUUUGGCACGUCUCCCUUACCCAGGAGCCACACUCGGCACUCCCAUCCUGGCUCACCCCCUCACUGACAGCGAGGUGCUCCGCCAACAGCUGUUCGGUGCUCCGUUCCGUGACCUGCCCCAGCCGUCCUCACUCACUGGUCCCAUGUCAGCAGCCCACCAGCUGCAGGUCAUGCAGCAGGCCCAGAGCGCAGAGUUGCAGAUCCAGAGACUGGCCCUGGAACAACAGUGGAUCCAUCACCACCACCACCACUCUCUCACCCAGGAUGAGUAUUACAGUCACUUGAAGAAAGAAAGUGACAAGACCCUGUGAGGAGGGGGCACUACGACGAGCAGCAUGGAGAAAACUGAGGGAGAAUGUGGGCAAAAUUCAAUAAAAUAAGCAAAAAAAAA